GGCGAGGGGAGGAAAGGGAAAGGGGCAGGAGGAGGAAGGAAAGCUGUUGCAAUUCUCCGCUGAUAACAUUUUCUGACCACAGCGUCCCGUCCCGCGCCCCUCUGCCGCGUACAGCUGGAGAGCGGGGCAGUCGCGGGGCUUGGGGACCGCUAGCCGCUCGCGCCCUGGAGCCUUUGUGCACGGGCCCCUGCGCCCCGGGCGCAGCCCCCGCUUUGUGUGGCGCGCGCGGGUGCCCCGCCGCGGCCCGGCUUCCUGCAGCUUUGUUCCCCCGAGCCUGGCCGCCCAGGGUCCACACUCCAGAUGCUCGGGCUGCGGAGCCCGGAGUGCCUCGUGGGGUGUCUUCACUCCCACUUCGUCCCCCCACCCCCAGCACGAGCACCCCGAGCCUGCACGCUGUCGCCUUCGCGUCCGAGGGGCCGCCGGCUCACACCCCACCCAUUGUAUUUUUAUCCUUGGCUCGCCCCUCGGAUGGCCUCUGUUCCCAGGAGGAAAAAGAGACAUGUUUUGCGAUUGAGCCGUUGCCGAACGUGGUGGAGCUGUGGCAGGCAGAAGAAGGGGAACUCCUGCUGCCCACUCAGGGUGAUUCUGAAGAGGGUCUGGAGGAGCCUUCUCAAGAACAGAGCUUCUCGGACAAACUAUUUAGUGGAAAAGGCUUACAUUUUCAGCCAUCGGUUUUAGAUUUUGGAAUACAGUUCCUGGGACAUCCUGUAGCAAAGAUUCUCCAUGCUUACAACCCUAGUAGGGACAGCGAGGUUGUGGUGAAUUCAGUGUUUGCAGCUGCUGGACAUUUCCAUGUACUGCCAGUUCCCUGCAGGGUAAUUCCAGCAAUGGGGAAAACUUCCUUCAGAAUUAUUUUUUUACCUACUGAAGAAGGAAGCACUGAAAGUUCCUUAUUUAUUAAUACCUCUUCGUAUGGAGUCCUUUCCUAUCAUGUAUCUGGAAUUGGCACUCGUAGAAUCUCUACAGAAGGGUCUGCAAAGCAGCUACCAAAUGCUUAUUUUCUGCUUCCAAAGGUCCAGAGCAUUCAGCUCUCUCAAAUGCAGGCAGAAACCACUAAUACUAGCCUCUUGCAGGUGCAACUGGAAUGCAGUUUACAUAAUAAAGCGUGUCAGCAAUUAAAGGGUUGUUAUCUGGAAUCUGAUGAUGUUUUGCGUCUACAAAUGAGCAUAAUGGUAACAAUGGAAAACUUUUCGAAAGAAUUUGAAGAAAACACACAAGAUUUGUUAGAUCAUCUCUCUAUUGUUUACGUAGCUACAGAUGAAUCUGAGACCUCAGAUGAUUCAGCAGUAAAUAUGUAUAUAUUACAUUCAGGAAACAGCCUUAUAUGGAUACAGGAUAUACGCCAUUUCUCACAGAGAGAUGCUCUGUCUCUGCAGUUUGAACCAGUACGACUACCUACUUCUACAACAAACUUUACAAAAAUUGCUUCUUUUACCUGCAGAGCAGCUACAUCAUGUGACAGUGGAAUUAUAGAAGAUGUGAAGAAAACAACACACACUCCAACACUAAAAGCAUGCCUCUUCUCUUCUGUGGCUCAGGGGUAUUUUAGAAUGGACUCUUCUGCAACCCAGUUUCACAUAGAGACUCAUGAGAACACAUCAGGACUUUGGUCAAUAUGGUACCGCAACAAUUUUGACCGUAGUGUUGUAUUAAAUGAUGUGUUUCUUUCCAAGGAGACCAAGCACAUGUUAAAGAUUCUGAAUUUCACUGGCCCUUUAUUUCUACCUCCAGGCUGUUGGAAUAUAUUUUCUUUGAAACUUGCUGUUAAAGACAUUGCCAUAAAUCUAUUCACCAAUGUAUUUUUGACUACAAACAUAGGUGCCAUUUUUGCAAUACCUCUACAGAUUUAUUCAGCACCAACCAAGGAAGGGAGUCUGGGUUUUGAAGUGAUAGCACAUUGUGGCAUGCAUUAUUUCAUGGGAAAGUCAAAAGCAGGAAAUCCUAAUUGGAAUGGGAGCCUUUCUCUGGAUCAAUCUACCUGGAAUGUGGAUUCUGAACUUGCAAAUAAAUUGUAUGAAAGGUGGAAGAAAUAUAAAAAUGGUGAUGUCUGCAAGAGGAAUGUUUUGGGAACAACUCGAUUUGCUCACUUGAAGAAAUCCAAGGAGUCAGAGUCCUUUGUUUUCUUUUUGCCUCGUUUGAUCGCAGAGCCUGGCCUCGUGUUAAACUUCAGCGCAACUGCCCUUAGGAGCAGGAUGGUCAAGUACUUUGUGGUGCAGAACCCGUCCUCUUGGCCGGUCUCUUUGCAGCUCCUGCCUCUCUCCUUGUACCCUAAACCCGAAGCCCUAGUGCACCUGCUCCACAGAUGGUUUGGCACUGAUAUGCAGAUGAUUAAUUUCACAACUGGUGAAUUCCAGCUCACCGAAACUUGCCCUCACCUGGGUAUGCAUUCUGAGGAAUCCAGGUUUGGCAUCCUCCACUUACAUCUGCAGCCUUUGGAAAUGAAAAGGGUUGGCGUAGUUUUCACACCCGCUGACUAUGGAAAAGUUACCUCACUCAUACUAAUCCGGAAUAACUUGACUGUUAUUGACAUGAUCGGCGUGGAAGGAUUUGGAGCAAGAGAGUUAUUAAAAGUGGGUGGAAGACUUCCUGGUGCAGGAGGCUCACUCCGAUUUAAGGUGCCCGAGUCCACGCUGAUGGACUGCCGUAGACAACUGAAAGACAGUAAGCAAAUUUUAUCUAUUACAAAAAACUUUAAAGUUGAGAAUAUUGGACCUCUUCCUAUAACUGUUUCGUCUCUGAAAAUUAAUGGGUAUAACUGCCAAGGUUAUGGAUUCGAGGUGCUGGAUUGUCAUCAGUUUUCCCUGGACCCAAACACAUCCCGCGAUAUCAGCAUUGUGUUCACUCCAGACUUUACCUCCUCCUGGGUAAUUCGGGACCUAAGUCUUGUAACCGCAGCGGACCUAGAAUUUCGCUUCACUCUCAAUGUGACUCUCCCUCAUCACCUGUUGCCCUUGUGUGCAGACGUGGUUCCAGGACCCAGCUGGGAGGAGUCAUUUUGGAGGCUCACGGUCUUCUUUGUCAGUUUGUCCCUGUUGGGUGUGAUUUUAAUAGCCUUCCAACAAGCACAGUACAUUCUCAUGGAAUUCAUGAAAACAAGACAGAGGCAAAAUGCUAGCUCCUCUUCACAGCAAAACAAUGGUCCUAUGGAUGUAAUCAGCCCCCAUUCUUACAAAAGCAAUUGCAAGAACUUUCUCGAUACAUAUGGCCCCUCUGAUAAAGGCAGGGGGAAGAACUGCCUUCCAGUGAACACUCCCCAAAGCAGGAUCCAGAAUGCUGCAAAGAGGAGCCCAGCCACCUAUGGUCAUUCUCAGAAGAAGCACAAAUGCUCAGUGUAUUACAGUAAACACAAAACCAGCACAGCUGCGGCCAGCAGCACCAGCACGACUACUGAGGAAAAACAGACUUCACCCCUGGGCAGCUCACUGCCUGCUGCUAAAGAGGACAUUUGCACUGAUGCCAUGGGUGAGAACUGGAUCAGCCUCAAAUAUGCAAGUGGCAUAAAUGUCAACCUGCAGAAGAAUUUAACCCUUCCCAAAAACUUACUGAAUAAAGAAGAAAACACACUGAAAAACACAAUUGUUUUCAAUAAUCCUUCUUCAGAAUGUAAUAUGAAGGAGGGAAUACAGACAUGUAUGUUUCCUAAGGAAACUGACAUUAAAACUUCAGAGAACACAGCCGAGUUCAAGGAACGGGAGCUCUGUCCACUGAAGACCUCCAAGAAACUACCUGAAAACCAUUUACCAAGAAACUCACCUCAGUACCACCAGCCAGACUUGCCAGAAAUUUCCAGGAAAAACAAUGGGAAUAACCAGCAAGUACCUGUCAAGAAUGAAGUAGAUCAUUGUGAAACUUUGAAGAAGGUGGACACAAAGCCUUCUUCAGAAAAGAAGAUUCACAAAACAUCUAGAGAAGACAUGUUUUCUGAGAAACAGGACAUACCUUUCGUAGAGCAAGAAGAUCCUUAUAGGAAGAAAAAGCUUCAGGAGAAAAGAGAAGGAAAUUUACAAAAUUUAAAUUGGAGUAAAAAUCGAACAUGUAGAAAGAACAAGAAAAGGGGUGUUGUUCCAGUCUCAAGGCCUCCUGAACAGAGUGAUCUAAAGCUUGUGUGCAGUGACUUUGAGAGGUCUGAGCUGAGCAGUGACAUCAAUGUAAGAAGCUGGUGUAUACAGGAAAGCACUAGGGAGGUUUGUAAAGCAGAUGCCGAAAUUGCAAGCAGUUUACCUGCUGCCCAGAGAGAGGCAGAAGGUUACUACCAGAAGCCUGAGAAGAAAUGUGUGGACAAGUUCUGCUCCGAUUCCAGCUCUGACUGUGGGAGCUCCUCUGGCAGCGUGCGUGCCAGCCGGGGCAGCUGGGGGAGCUGGAGCAGCACCAGCAGCUCCGACGGGGAUAAGAAGCCCAUGGUGGACGCCCAGCACUUCCUGCUGGCCGGAGACAGUGUUUCACAAAAUGAUUUUCCUUCUGAAGCUCCCAUCUCCUUGAAUCUUUCUCAUAACAUCUGCAAUCCCAUGACUGUGAAUAGUCUCCCACAAUACGCAGAGCCUUCCUGUCCCAGCCUUCCUGCCGGGCCCACAGGUGUUGAAGAAGAUAAAGGUCUUUACUCACCUGGAGACCUGUGGCCCACUCCGCCAGUGUGUGUGACAAGCAGCUUAAACUGCACCCUGGAGAACGGCAUGCCUUGUGUGAUUCAGGAGUCGGCCCCGGUUCAUAAUAGUUUCAUUGAUUGGAGUGCAACAUGCGAAGGCCAGUUUUCCAGCGCAUACUGUCCAUUGGAAUUGAAUGAUUACAAUGCCUUUCCAGAAGAAAACAUGAACUAUGCCAAUGGCUUCCCCUGUCCUGCAGAUGCUCAGACAGACUUUAUUGAUCACAACUCUCAGUCUACCUGGAACACCCCACCCAACAUGCCUGCUGCCUGGGGACAUGCCAGUUUCAUCAGCUCUCCGCCCUACCUCACAAGCACCCGAAGCUUGUCUCCAAUGUCUGGACUUUUUGGUUCCAUCUGGGCCCCGCAAAGCGAUGUGUAUGAAAAUUGCUGCCCCAUCAACCCCACCACGGAACAUUCGACCCACAUGGAAAACCAAGCGGUCGUGUGCAAGGAAUACUACCCGGGGUUCAACCCGUUUCGCGCCUAUAUGAACCUGGACAUAUGGACUACCACAGCGAAUAGGAAUGCAAAUUUCCCACUGUCUAGAGACUCGAGUUACUGUGGGAAUGUGUGAAAAUAAUUGGAUUUUUAAACAAUGUGAAUAAAGAGGCUUGUGUUUUGAUUACUAGUGUAAACUGGUUAUUGAGAUAGAUUAUGACAUUGGUGGAUAUUUUGGCACUUUUAUAUGAAAAUAAAUUUUUUAAUGAAA